AUGUCCAAGGCUCCUCAAGCCCGCACAAUUAUACUCGCUGCUGGUGUCGCCGCUACCACUGUCACUGGAGCCUGGUAUGGUGCGGGAUUAAAGAUGAAGAAGGAUAUGAAACAGGAAGCCAAAGUUAGAGCAGAAGUCACACCCGCGGACAUGAUCGCCUAUCUGGAACAAACAAGAUCAGGACUCGUGGCCAAGAAGAUUGGGCUGGAAAAUAAGAUUUCGCAGUUAGAGGCAAGGGUGGCUAGAGUGGGAGGCGCCGAGGUCGAUGAUGGAGCGAAGGGGAGACGGUUUUGA